AUGGGGAACUGCUGCUCCGACGAGGUGAGCCACGCCGGCGCUCACCACGUCGGCGCCACCGCCGCCAAAGCCGCCUCCGCAGCCUCCGCCGCGGCCGACCGCUUCCUCCGCUCCCGUGGCGCCGGCGCGUGCACGCAGAUCGAGUUAUCUCUCUCAGCAUCAAAUUUGGGUGAUCAAGAAUAUUUUCCCAAGAGUAAUCCCAUGGUGGUUGUGUAUUCCAAAAGGAGAGAUGGGGCACUUGAAGAAAUUGGGCGUAGUGAAGUAAUUUUAAAUUCAUUGAACCCAUUUUGGACGACCAAAAUCAGUGUGCAGUACCAGUUUGAGGUUCUUCAGCCAUUGGUGUUUCAGGUCUUUGACAUCCAGCAGCAGUUCCAUGAUGUCAGUGAAAAGAUGCUUAAACUGGAGGAGCAAGAGUUUCUUGGAGAGGCUACCUGUCUUUUGUCAGAGGUUAUCACCAAACGGGACAGACUGCUGACUCUGAAGCUUGGUGUCUCUGAACAUAACUUGCUGAAUCCUAAUAAAUUUGGUGAGCUAACUGUUCAGGCUGAGGAAAGUUCAGGUUCAAAAGCAAUAAUGGAGAUGAUAUUCCGCUGUUCGGAUCUUGAAAUCAAGGAUCUUCUAACAAAGAGUGAUACUUUCUUGCUAAUAUCUGGAAUAUCAGAUAGUGGAAUGCCUGUUCCAAUUUGCAAGACAGAAGUAAGAAAGAAUGAUCUCAAUCCUAGGUGGAGGCCAGUGAUUCUGAAUCUGCAACAGAUCGGAAGUAAGGAGAACCCUCUAAUUAUAGAGUGCUUUAACUUCAGUAGCAAUGGCAAACAUGACCUAGUCGGCAAGAUAGUCAAGUCAGUCGCAGAAAUGGAAAAUAUGUGCCAUAAGAAGAAUGGUGAAAAUUUCUUUGUUCCUGCCAGCAAUGCACAUGAAUGUCACAGUAAGGAGGUAUUGAAGAGUCAGCUAUAUGUAGAGAAAUAUGUUGAGAGCAACAGGCAUACUUUCCUAGAUUAUAUUUCUGUUGGGUGCCAACUGAAUUUUAUGGUAGGCGUAGAUUUCACAGCUUCAAAUGGAAAUCCACGGCUUCCAGAUUCUUUGCAUUAUAUUGACCCCUCAGGUCGGCCAAAUGUAUAUCAGAAGGUAAUACUGGAAGUUGGUGAUGUUCUACAAUAUUAUGACCCAGCGAAGCGUUUCCCCGCUUGGGGCUUUGGAGCAAGACCUAUUGACGGUCCUUGUUCUCAUUGUUUCAACUUGAAUGGCAGCGCUUAUCAACCUGAGGUUGAUGGAAUACAAGGAAUUAUGUCAGCUUAUAUCAGUGCUCUUCGUAAUGUAUCAUUGGCUGGUCCUACCCUCUUUGGUCAGUUGAUAAGCACCGCCAUGGCGAUAGCUAGCCAAUCUCUUGCUGACAAUCAACAGAAAUACUUCAUUUUGUUAAUAGUCACUGAUGGCGUGGUGACUGAUUUUCAAGAGACUAUUGAUGCCAUCAUAAAGGCAUCAGAUUUUCCUAUAUCCAUCAUUGUUGUUGGAGUUGGAGGGGCUGAUUUCAAGGAAAUGGAGUUUCUAGAUCCAAAUAAAGGAGAGAAACUGGAAAGCUCAACCGGGAGGGUUGCAUCAAGGGAUAUGAUACAGUUUGCCCCGAUGAAGGAUAUGCACGGCACUGGGGUAUCUACACUUCAGUCACUUCUUGCUGAGAUACCAGGGCAAUUCAUGACGUAUAUGAGGACAAGAGAAACUCAAACAAUUAGUUAG